AUUGUCUUUUGCCAGAGGACAAGCUUAAUUCCACUCCGUCGUAUCUGGACGGUCUCGAUGCGGAAACUGAGACAGAUUUGCGGAUAUUAGGAUGUGAACUUAUACAGACAGCGGGCAUUCUCCUGAAAUUACCGCAGAUUCGGCAGCAAUUGUAUGGCAGUUUCUGGCUUAAAGCAAGCACUAUUAUCAUUCACCCUAUUCACCUGAUUUGCCAUCCCCAGAUUAUUUUUUAUUCCUGAAGUUACAAUUGCAAUUAAAAGGCCAAAAAUUCAGCACAUUUCCGAAAUUGAAACUGCCAAUCAACAAGCGACCAACUGAAAUAGCUAAUCGACUGAAGAUUAUUAAGAUAGAGGAGUUUUUAAUGGUGAUGCAACGCUAGUUUGGAAUCGAACGCUUAACAGGGCAUCAACAGUAAUGAAGCCUAUUUUAAAUAAAAAGUACUUAGGAUUUUGACUGGAUGACUAGUGUAAACAAAUGAAUGGCAACUAUGCGCUGGAUAUAAGCUGGCAUGAGUCACACAGCGAAAUAGAAGUGUGAUGGCAGGAGUAUAUCUGCGUCCCCAAAGGGUUAAACACUGAAGACAAUGUGUCAAUUGUUGUUAUUAUUCAACACGGACGAUUUAUUAAUCUUGUUUAUAUAUAUUUGUGUAGGUUGCGAUGGCUACGGGACAAGUAAUAUUUCAACGGUUUUAUUAUAGUAAAUCGUUAGUCAGACACAAUAUGGAGACGACUGCGAUGGGUUGCAUCUGUUUAGCUAGCAAAAUCGAGGAAGCGCCGAGGCGUAUCAGAGACGUGAUUAACGUUUUUAAUCAUGUAAAGCAAGUCUCCAGUCAAAAAGCUAUCCAACCUGUGAUUCUCGAUCAGAAUUACGUAGCGCUGAAAAAUCAAGUGAUCAAAUCGGAAAGGAGAGUGCUAAAGGAGCUGGGCUUCUGCGUGCACGUAAAGCACCCGCACAAGAUCAUAGUCAUGUACUUGCAAGUACUCGGGUACGAAAAGAACCGCGCGCUGAUGCAGCAGAGCUGGAACUACAUGAACGACUCGCUGCGUUCCGAUGUGUUCCUGCGCUAUCAGCCGGAAACGGUGGCGUGCGCGUGCAUUUACCUGGCCGCUCGCCAGCUACAGUUGCCGCUGCCAACGUCGCCCUCCUGGUUCUCGCUGUUCCGGGUCAGCGAGUCCGUGAUCAGGGACGUGUGCCGACGUAUACUGCGAUUGUAUUCUCGAGUGCGCGUCAAGCCCGAGCAACUGGAGAAGCGCGUCGAGGAGCUGCGACGCCAAUACGAGGAGGCCAGGACUAAGGCGCGCAGCGGUGACGUCGAUGGACAUACACCGAGUCCACCGCUGCCAAAGCACCAUAACGCUUGGGGCGGAUUCAUCAGCCGCAGCGGCACGCAUGCAGCUCCCGAAAGAACGAAAUCACCCAGGCGUUCGAAAUCUCCAAGCACUUCUCCAUCACGAGGCGAGGGGACAAAGCAUUCCAAGAGAAAACGUAGCAGAUCCAGAUCCCGCAGUCACAGCCAGAGCCGUUCCAGCAAAUCCAAAAAGACGCAGCGGAGACGGUCGGGCAGUCACAAGUCGUCGCGCAGAUCGCGGAGUUACCGAUCGCGAAGUCGAUCCCGGGAUCGCGAUUUGGAAAAAUCGAGUAAACAUCGUAGCAAGCGUAGGCGACACUAGGUGUACGAACGUAUAGGUGACAAAUUGUAUUGCAAACUAUCACAGACAUUAAAUUGAAAAUGACAAAAAAUUGCAAACCAAUUUAUAACAUGUGGGGAGGGAUCGUGUACAGGCUUAUCGCAAUGUCUUUAAUUUAUCUCGAAAUUGACGAAACGCUUUUAGUUUUCGGAGCCGUUUCAUCGCAAAACAGAAUUGAACAGGGUAUUGUAUUAUAUAUAUAUAGACAACAGACUCGUAUAUAACGUGGUCUUGUACACGUCGUACAAUGUGAGUUUGCUGUACAUGUAUAUCUCACAAAUCAAUGUUUGUAUCGUUUACAGGAAUUCACGUUUAUGGUGAAUGACAUAAAUUUGUACAUGUUUCUUCAGUAAAGUAUGGAAAAGCAUUUUCUAUAUGUCUUCAUUUGCAAAUUUGCAGAUUUCAGAAAAUAAAUAAAACAAAAACAUUGAUAUAUUCUAAGUACGCGAUAGCGUAUACAUAUACGUAGGUAUCUUUGUAAAUUUUUUAUAUUUACAAAUUGGUAGAUUCGUAAGAAGGAUAUACAGGAAAUUACGUGUCAUUCGGAAUUCGAUUGGAGGAAUCGAGUGGAAGUGUGCCGCGGAUCGCGUUCGCAAACAGCUUACGGCUACGGUUCCGCUUUUACAGAUUUUUCUAUUAAUUUUCUGUAAAUUUUGUCUAUUAUUAUUUAUAACUGAAUGAAUUUGGGGAUUAACUGUACAUUGUUCAUGAACAAAUAUUCGUGUAUCUUCCAGGAAAAAUUUGUACCAGGCAUACAGCUUCGUAAAGUUGUUACAUACCUCACGCAAUAUGAAAAUGUACAAAAAAAGAAGAUUCAGAGAAGAUAUGUAUCAAAAGUAUGAAAGAGCAUAAAAAAAAUAAAAUUUUAUGUUUC